CGACGUCCAUCGCCGCCACCGCCAUGUCGGGACUCACAAAAGCGCAAGUCGCGUCCGCGCAGCUCGAGGGCGACUACAAGAUCAAGCCAGAAAAUGCGCAGCCCAAGCUCGACACGUCGCAGUGGCCGCUCCUCCUCAAAAACUACGACAAGCUGCUUGUCCGUUCCUCUCAUUUCACCCCCAUCCCCGCUGGCUGUAGCCCCCUGAAGCGUGAUAUUACCACGUAUAUCAAAUCUGGCGUCAUAAACCUCGACAAGCCAUCGAACCCGUCCUCGCACGAAGUCGUCGCCUGGCUUCGCAGGAUACUACGCGUGGAGAAGACGGGUCACAGUGGGACGCUUGACCCGAAGGUCACUGGAUGCUUGAUCGUCUGCAUUGACCGCGCUACGCGUCUUGUAAAAUCCCAGCAGGGUGCAGGUAAGGAGUACGUUUGCGUGCUUCGCCUGCACAACAGCCUCCCCGACCCUGCCGCCCUCCCCCGCGCCCUCCAGACCCUUACUGGUGCCCUCUUCCAACGCCCACCCCUCAUCUCCGCCGUCAAGCGUCAGCUCCGUAUACGCACAAUUUACGAGUCCAAGCUCUUCGAGUUCGACGAGAAGCGCAAUCUUGCCGUCUUCUGGGUGUCUUGUGAGGCUGGUACCUACAUCCGUACGCUAUGCGUGCACUUGGGCUUGCUACUCGGUGUCGGCGGCCACAUGCAGGAGCUUCGCCGUGUGCGCAGUGGUGCUAUGUCCGAGAACGAUGAGAUCGUGACCAUGCAUGAUGUGCUCGACGCGCAAUGGAUGUACGACAACACGCGCGAUGAGUCGUACCUCCGCCGCGUAAUUCGCCCCCUCGAGUGCCUUCUCGUAGGCUACAAGCGCAUCGUCGUCAAGGACAGCGCCGUCAACGCCGUUUGCUACGGCGCAAAACUCAUGAUCCCUGGUCUCCUCCGCUACGAGGCCGACAUCAACCUUAACGAGGAGGUCGUGCUGAUGACGACCAAGGGCGAGGCCAUCGCAAUUGGCAUCGCGCAGAUGUCCACUGUCGAGCUCGCCACUUGCGACCACGGUGUCGUCGCCAAGGUCAAGCGCUGCAUCAUGGAGCGCGACACCUACCCGCGCCGCUGGGGCCUUGGGCCCGUCGCGCUCAAGAAGAAGAAGAUGGUCAAGGAGGGCCAGCUCGGCAAGCACGGCGAGAAGCUUCCAGGUGUCACCCCGCAGGAGUGGUCGAAGGACUACGUCGACUACAACCGCGACGAGCAGCAGCCGACGGCGUCUAUCCAGGUCGUCUCGGAGACGAUGACGGCGAAGGUGGAGGUGACUGAGACCUCCAAGAAGGAGGAGAAGAAGCGCAAGCGCAAGUCGGAGGUGCCCGAGGUGGACCCCGACGUGACGAUGGCGACGGAGAACGGGGAGGACGAGAGCGAGGAGGCGAAGGCGGAGCGCAAGCGGAAACGCAAGGAGGAGAAGGCUGCGAAGAAGGCGGCGGAGGCGGCCGGCGGUGAGGAUGAUGAGGCGAAGCGGGAGAAGAAGCGGUUAAAGAAGGAGAAGAAGGCAAGGGAGUCAUUAGGGGGAGAGGCAUGAUCUAGCCAGCCAUCUAUGUAGCCGUCGAUGUAGCUUUAUCUUAUUGUAUGUUGUUGGGACUCUUGUUAUACUACCUCUUGGACUCCUUUACGUUGGGCUCACGCAGACGGCGUCAACCUCCUACAUGUGACAUCAACCGUGAC